AGAGGAGCUUGAUCUAUUUAACUAUGGGACAGAGAUACAAGAGAUUUCAGGGCAAGCUUCAGGAGAGGCCUCUGUUGAGACCUUAAUUCAAAAGGUGGAGGAUAUUUGGAAAAAUACAGAAUUCACUGUUCUGUCUCAUGGCGACUCCAAAGGAGUUUUUAUCUUAGGUGGAACUGAUGAUAUACAGAUGGUCCUGGAUGACAGCAUUAUCAAUGUUGGGACAGCUGCAUCAUCUCGCUAUGUGAGUCGUAUCAAGUCCAGGGUGGAGGAGCUGCUGAGACAGUUGCAUCUUUUCAAUCAAACCCUGGAUGAGUGGCUCACAUGCCAAAGAAAUUGGCUGUAUCUGGAGAGUAUAUUUUUAGACCCAGACAUAAAGAGGCAGCUCCCUUCAGAAUCUAAGAUGUUUCUCAAAGUGGACAAGUCUUGGAAGAUGAUUAUGGCAAAGGUAAAAAAGAUGCCUAACGCCCUGAGAGCAGCAACCCAGCCUCAUCUACUGGAGACUUUUAAGGACAACAAUGCCCUUUUGGAUGAAAUACAUAAAUGUCUCGAGGCUUAUCUUGAAUCUAAGAGAGUCAUUUUCCCAAGGUUUUUAUGCCGCAGUGAGGUCACGUAA